CUUUCAUUACCCUCUUCCAUCUCUCAAGGUUUUACUACUCCACGCAUUACUUUGCAUCUUUUUGCACCAACAUUUUAUCGUGGGAAUAAAUAUCGAGGGCUUCUAUUGACGUCUAUCGAGGGCUCUGUGGGUUUAGCACUGAGGGGUAUUGCACAUAUCACUGAGGGUUGUCUCUGUCCUGUCCCGUCCCGUUGGUUGACCGAUCUGUCCCAUUGAAAGCUUCGAGGCAUAUUGCGCGCUUUGCAGAAACUUGUUACUUCGGUAAUAUUCAAGUUAUCUGCCUGUCAUUUGCGUCAAGCAUCUGACUGUGAGAUCUGAGGGCUCUUAAAUUCACAUUGUGGGUUGACGGGUUUGCCGCAUCUAACUUAAGCACACUAUUGCUAGCAGUGGUCCUGAGGAAAUUGCCAGUCUUGCAAAUAAUUUUCACGAGGGUCUUGAAAACCAUCCAACGACAUCAUGUCCAAAGCAGUGUCUAAAUCUGGGGGCAAGGCGGCCAAAGCCUCCAAGGAUAUCCUGACCAAGGUCAAGGGCGCCGCUGUCACCAAGCCGGCCCAAUCCGAAAAGGCCAAGAGCAAGGAUAUCGCAAAGCAGGUUGCCACCAAGGGGGCCAAGGAUAAGAAGAGCAAGAAAGUUCCCGUCAAGGAACCCACCCCAGAGUCCAGCUCUGAGGAGGAAGAAGAAGAAGACUCGGAAGCCUCAUCUGAGGAGUCCGAGAGUGAGAGUGAGAGCGAAAGUGAGGCUGAGGCCAAACCAGCGGCUAAGGCUCCUGUCACCAACGGAAAGAAAGCUGCCGCCAAAGAUGAUUCUAGCGACGAGUCAAGCGACGAGUCCGAGUCCGAGUCCGAGUCCGAAUCUGAUUCUGAUGAAUCCAGCUCCGGCAAGGAGGUGACUGCAGCCAAGGCCAAGCCAGCUUCUGACUCUGAAUCGGACGAGUCUGAAAGUGACGAGGAAGAAGUCGCACCCAAGGCCAACGGCACCAAAGCUUCCGCCUCUGAUGACGAGGGCAGUGACAGCGACAGCGACAGUGAUAGCGAAGAGAGUGGAAGCGACAGCGAGGAGGAGGCCGAAGAGGAAAGCGCCGCUCCUGCCCCCAAACGCAAGGCUGAGGACGAAGAGGCUCCCGCAGCCAAGAAGACCAAGGUCGAAGAGCCUGCCAACGGAGCUAACCUCUUCGUCGGCAACCUGUCAUGGAACGUCGACGAAGACUGGCUCCGACAGGAAUUUGAGGAGUUUGGUGAAUUGUCUGGAGUGCGACUGAUCACUGAUCGUGCUACUGGUCGUUCCAAGGGGUUCGGCUACGUUGAGUUCGUCAAUGCUGCAGACGCCGCAAAGGCUCAUGCUGCCAAGCAAGGGUCUGAAAUCGACGGUCGCGCCUUGAACCUCGACUUCGCCAACGCCAAACAAAACGCAGGAGAAAAGACCCAAGACCGUCGCAAGUCGUACGGAGACCAAACCGGCGAACCCAGUGACACAUUGUUUGUGGGCAACAUGGCAUUUGAAUGCAGCAACGAAGACCUCUCGGAUGCUUUCAGCCCACACGGUACCAUCUUGAGCGUUCGCAUUCCCACCGACCGUGAGAGCGGCCAACCAAAGGGAUUUGGCUAUGUCACCUUCUCGACAGUAGAGGAAGCAACCGCUGCCCUCGAAGCGAUGCAAGGAGGAUACAUUGCCCGUCGACCUGUUCGCCUUGACUACAGCCAACCGCGUCAGAACACCGGAGACUCACCAGCUCGUGGCCGAGGUGGAUUUGGUGGACGAGGUGGCGGCCGUGGUGGCUUCGGCGAUCGUGGUGGCCGUGGUGGUCGAGGUGGUUUCGGUGGCCGUGGAGGUGGCCGAGGCUUUGGAGAUCGUGGCGGACGCGGUGGACGAGGUGGAAGCACCAACCGUGGCGGCUUCGGCGACUUUAGCGGCAAGAAGACUACCUUCUAAACCAACAACGUGGACGAAGGGAGGCUGUUGUUGCUGGAUCAUGUCGGUCGUUUCCUGGUUCUUUUGCUAAGUACUGUACGUCAUGUUCAACCAAGGUAAGCACAGAGCCAUCUCAAGCUGCUUAUCACCAUUGGUUUUCAGAUGGUCGGCGGACUCGAGGGUCAAGCUGCUACGUGUGUGCAGGCGUUGAGUGGAUAGAAAAGUUGUGCAUUUGGGUGCUGUGUCUUUUGCUCGGUAACUCCUGUUCCGUAAUACAAUGGAAUUUCAAAUUACCCUUG